CGUAUUUCUAUCCUCGCCAACCUAUACAUAUAUAUAGGAUAUCAAUCUAUUUGCGCUAUGCAAGUUUAUCGCCUCUUUUUCUUUCCGCUCACUCUAACUCUGAAUGUUGCAAUCUUCUGAUUUAUGUAUGCUAAAAACUUGAUUUCAAAGAAGAAAAAGUUUAUAAAAAAACACAAGGAUUUGCAGCCGACGAUAAUAUUGACGAUUUGGCCACCACUUGCUGAAAAAGAGGAACAGUUUUGACGAAAUCCUUUGUUUCUCGGUUUUUUCGCUAUCUCAAUAACCCUAGCGAGUGGAGAAAUGGACUAUCCUGAGCAUGAUAAAGGGGCUUCUGGAAAUAUUCCUGAAUUUGGUGCAAUCUUUAUGUCAAACAUUCAGACCAAGAAAGAGUGCUUUCAACGGAAUAUAUUUGCACUACCAUCUUCCCAUGCUGAAUUUGUGACAUGUGUUAAAGAGGGAAUGGUUUUGUUCAUGUUUGAAACUAGAAAGAGAGAACUCUUUGGAGUUUAUCAGGCAUCCUCUGAUGGCGCAGUGGACAUUGUUCCCCAUGCAUUUAGUUAUUCAGGGCAGCGUUUUCCUGCACAGGUUCGUUUUAGACAAAUAUGGCAUUGUGAUCCAAUCUCUGAGAAAGAAUUUCAAGAUGCUAUCAUAGAGAAUUAUUUUUCAGCAAGGAAAUUCAAUCUCGGUCUGUCUAAAGAUCAGGUUCGCAGACUUCUUUAUUUGUUCAGUUCAAGAAAGAUAAAAAGUAAGAUGCCCUCUCAGCGAUGGUCAGAAGCUAUGGUUGAAGUAUCUGUUAAGGACAGCAAACUGGUAGGUGAUGACAGACAUGAGUUAAGUGAGAGAGGAUACAUGGUACCUACUGAUUAUGAUGAUCAUGUGAACCCAUUGACUAGAGGGAAAGAAGAUGAUGUCAUGGUUGAUAAUAGGGCCAAUGCUGAAGGUAAAGUAUAUCCUUUUCCUCACGAUGAUUUUCUGGCUAAAAGGAGAAGAAUAGGUAAAGAAGGCAGGUUAGCAACUAAGGGUUUGGCAGGAAAUGCUCUAUAUGGUCAUGGUUACCAAAGGGCCUUUUGCACUGGUUCUCCUAAAGAUUCCUUAGAUGAGGUAAGAACAUUAGCCAAUGCUGGGAGGUUUUUAGCAUUUCAAAAGGAAAAUGAAGAUCAAGCUAAUAAUAUUCAACACCCUGCUCAAUCCCCUGAUCAUUUUCUGGAUCCUUUGGACGUUAGAGCUCCUGAUUAUUAUACUUCUUUGCAGAGGAGCACAUUGCGGGAUGACUAUAAUAACAUACACAAUGCUCACCAACAGACAUUUGCAAGUGAUAAUUAUGGGAGUUCCAUGGUUCAAAGCAAACAUGUGAUUGAUGACGAUAGGUUCUUGUUAGAUGAUUUUGUGAGAAGAGACUGUGAUAUUAAUGUGGUUAAAUCUGUGGCUAUUAGUGACCAUGAUCUGAAUUUAUGUAGGCAAGAAAGAGAAAUAGUAAAGGAUCAUGAGUGGUUGAUGGAGAGGAAAUUGGAAAAUAGACAUCAUUUGGAUUCUGAUGGUAACACUAUUGGUGCCUUUGAUCCUCCUGCCAACCAUUUGCGUAAAAUAAGAAAAACAACUGCAGCCAGGAGGUUUCAAAUUGAUGAGAAUGAACCUCAUUUUGGAACCUGUUCUAGCGAAGGCUUCUCUUCUAAAACUGUUUUACGUCCAUGGCAUUGUGAUUACAGGAUUAUUGAGGGUAGGAAGUACCCAAUUCUGGAAGGAAGAUCAACUGAAAAUAUGGUUGACAAAGUUCCACCUACACUGGCCACGAAUGCUGGAUAUGUUGUGGAUGCAGACAGGCAAACACUAGAUAAUUUAAGGUUUGGAAAGAGUGAGAGGGUAGAUAAUAGAGAGGCUAAUCACACACAUACCAAUCCUGUCAUGUCAAUGAAGUACCCUUGUUUCUCCAAGCCUGAACAAAAUAUAUCUUCGAUUUCUGGCAAGUUUCCGGAGAAACAGCUCUCUCAGUUUACCGUCUCUCGUAAUUUUGACCUCUCGCCCUCCAUUUUUGAGGAUGCAACUAUUACAAGGACUGUCCCUUACUCACCUGACCACCCCAACCUUUCUCAUGGAUGCUCUGCAUCAAAGGAAGCUAACCAGAAUUCCACCUCAAUGCAAAAAAACCACCUGCAUGAUGAUACUUUGGGGAACUUCUAUCCUCUAUCUAGUAAUAGGUUGCAGCAGUACCCUAUGGAAUCUGAAAAUUCUACCAGAGCUCUAGAUACCACACUUGAAUAUGGAGAUAAUGGUUUUGCGACGAGCACAUCAGGCCUCCGAAGUUCUUUGCUUCGAGAAUCUUCCAAUGCUUUUGUAAACCCGGACUUUUCUAUGGACAUGGAUCUGAAUACCUCUAUUCCUGUUAAUUACAGAGGUUCAUUGUCUUCAAAGCUUUCUCCACCCUGCACUGAUCCUGCAAACUUUGAAGGUGAAAAAGGGUUGUUAGCUUAUUACUCCAAAUCAAGAGACCAUGAUUCUGCAUUUAAUGGAAAUCUUCCUGAAGCAUUGGAGAAUCAAAGAAAGCAUGUUCCUCAACAUGGGAUGGGCAUGUUGGCUAGCAAAUAUUCCAGUUGUUCCGAAUCACAAGAUCUGGGCAUGGGUAUUCGUCUGCGAGAUUCAAAUUGGCCAAUUUAUGAGAAUCAGUAUUUCAGAUUCUCUAGAAAUAUGAAUCUCAGGGAGCUCGACAGAAGUUCUGGAACUAACUCCACCCUAAACAGGCGAAGUGUUUUUACUCGUUUGUCUACUAAGUCAUCCCAGUUUAGUGAAGAGAAAAAUGACAAUGAUGUUAAUUUUCAUGACUCUUAUAUGGAUGCUACAGCUGAUGAAGUCAUGGAGAUGUUGAAGCAGAAUGAUAAUCUGUCACCAGGAAAGCCUGGGAAAUCUAGAGUUGUUGGACAAUCAAGAGAAAGUGGAGUCCAUGAAAGGAAAACCCAGUGUCAUAUGGAAACCGAGUACUCAACAAUGGAGAUGAAAAGGCUGAAUAAUGUAACUCAAGCUACUGCAGAUAGUACAGAUGAAAUCCCUAAAGAGACUCGGACUUUGGAUUUUAAGCGUCGUAGUGAAAGAAAGAAGAUCUUGGUUGCUAGUGAAGAGGUCAAAAGUUCCACUAGUGCAACUUCAAGACGCAAAAAGCUGGUUCGACCUGCUUUCAGUAAAACUGAUACUGCUAUUGAUGCUGCUACACGUGCUAAUGAGACAUUACGGCCUCCUGUUCCAAUCCUCGGCAAGGAUGAUAAACAGAGUAGUGAGACAGCCACUUGUUUCCUUGAAUCUGAGAUUCCCAAUGACAGUACCAGGUCUAUCAAUGUUUUGACUCCACACACUCGUCGAGAGAUGGACUGUAUUAAAGAACCCCCAUAUCUUGAGGAGCAAAAAGAUGCAGUAGCUCAUGUAUUGCCAUCUACAAGCGUAGAGCUUGGAGAUAAUGAGCGACUUGUUGGUAGUUCAGAGGUUCCAAGGGAAACAUCUCAACAGAUGAUUUCUGAUAUUGAAACUUCUGUUGAAGGCGUUUUAGCCAAAGAUACUAAAGCUACUAGCAUCACCAGCUCGAACCUGCCAGAACCAUCUUUUGCUGGUUGCAGGAACUACCUUACUGAGGCAAAACAUCCAAAGAAAAUGAAAAUCAUACUAACUACUAAGAAAGAUGUGAAGGCUUCUUCUUCUCAGUGAAGCCCGCACGGUGUUUCUUGGAAAUAGUUUUUUUUUUAAUUUGCAGCCAGAUCCCUCUGUUGCUCUCCCCUUUUGCUCUGGUUUUAUCAUCUGUGCCCACUUAGAGGGCGUUAAAAAGCUUUGGCAGCUCUAUGUAGUAAGCAUCAAUAUGGAUGCGCUGUGAUUUUGGCAUUUAAACCUCCCUAGUAGUCAAUUACAUGUAGAAAAGCUGUGAAGGAAGAUAUGGCAUUUGUUUCACCGACUGAUCGGUCAGGCUUCUACUACUGCCUUGAAAGAGAGUUUUGCUCUUCCCUUGGUCUCUUUUAGAUUUUCUUUUUUUGGAAUGAUUUGGGUGAUAUGAGGUGGGAAUGGGAUGAUUAUGUGUCUGUUGUCUCAUUCCCUCAACAUAUUCAUCUCGUCAUUUGUUUCCUGUUACUAGUGAAUUUUACAGAAUUGGCUGUGAAUGCACAAAUCAGUGUUCCCUGUUUA